AUGGCUAACUUACUGACUGUGGGCAUAAGUGGUGUUUUGGUCUCCUUGGCCAUCAGAUUUAUCUACCGACUCCAUUUCCAUCCUCUCAGUAAAAUUCCCGGACCUAAGCUCGCAGCUGCCACCAGUGCAUACAUCUUUUACUUUAACGUCAUUAAGCAAGGAACCUUCAUUUGGGAGCUUGAACGAUUACACGAGGUUUAUGGUCCCAUUGUGCGGGUCUCCCCAAGAGAAGUCCACAUCAAAGACUCAACCUACUACGACGAUAUUUACGCCUCCAGCUUAAGGAGGCGAGAAAAAGACUUGAUAACUGUACGCCAGUUUGAUCUCGAGGGAUCUGCAUUCUCUAGCGUCUCCCCUGAGGACCAUCGUGAGCGUCGCGCACCGUUCGAGAAAUUCUUUUCGAGGUCAGCUAUCGCAAAAACGGAACAAACAAUCCAAAGCAGUCUGAAUCAGUUGUGCAAUCACCUGAAAGAUGCUUGCCAGUCUCACAAAGUUGUCAACUUGGACGCUGGUUUUGCGGGUAUGACCGCCGACAUUAUCCACAAAUACACCCUGGGAUACAACAGCGGCAAUCUUGACCACGGAGACUUCAAUGAAAAUGUCAGAGAUGGAGUUAACGCGUUAUUCAGAGGCGCUCAUCUCCUGUUUUUCUUUCCUCUUCUGCAGACUUUCUUCAGCUCUCUUCCGUUACCAGUGUUGAAAUGGGUAAACCCCAGUGCCUAUGUUCUUGCAAAUCAGAAACAGAGUGUGCAUAACUAUGUGGUAGAUGCCCUUGCUGGCAAACGCACAGAGAGUGGAUCGAUCAUGGAGUCUCUGGCCAAUAAUGGCCUAGCUGAGCAUUUGCGAGGCCCGACUAGGCUUACCAAUGAUGCCUUCGCCAUUCUGAUAGGGGGCACGGAGACAACCGGUAGAUCUCUGUCACUUGGAUUUUACUACCUCCUCAGUGACAGUGCCAUGAGAGCCAAAUUGCGAGAGGAACUGCGAUCUGUUAUGCCAACGCCUCAGACCCGUCCAACAUGGAAUCAACUGGAACAGCUCCCUUAUUUGUCUGGUGUUAUAUUAGAAACUUUUCGACUGUCCACAGGUAUUGCCAAUCGGUCUCCCCGAGUUGCGCCUACGGAAACCCUGAUCUACAAGGGCCAUACUAUUCCGCCAAAAACCCUCAUUAGCCAAACCAAUUACUUUGUCCUCAUGGACCCUGAGAUCUUCCCUGACCCUCACGCCUUCGAUCCAGAGAGAUGGAUGCGCGCCGCCGCCAAGGGCGAGCCACUACAACGUUAUUUGGUCAAUUUUUCAAAAGGAAGUCGAAACUGUCUUGGCAUGCAUUUGGCAUAUGCCGAGAUAUAUUUGGCAUUUGCGACGCUCAUUCGUCAGUUUGAGUUUGAGUUAUAUGAUACGGCCGAGAAGAAUAUCACAUUCACUCGUGACUUUGGAACACCUUAUCCCGACGAAGGAAACUUCAACCUCAAGGUUCUGGUGAAAGCCCUGGUUCAAGAAUGA